CUUGCUUCACCACACAUACACACGUGCUGCUUGCUUCACGAGUUUACCACCGCAACCCGCCUCUAAUCCCUGGUCGCAGUCGCUGUCGAAGCUUACAGACCUUGCAGUCGCGUGCCUACGCCUCCGUCGCCGUCCUCCAAUCCUCCCUAUAGUCUACACAUUCUCGUCCGUGGCCCGUGUUCAGCCUCGAGCCAUGUCGGCCUAGUCGUGCAGCUGCUCACUCUCCGCCUUAGAAUGCCGAUGCAGACUGCUUUCCUCCAAGGCGUCUAGAAGCUCUGCAAAGGCAUGGAUCCCAAUAUCCAGCGGGCGUUGACUGACAAGCUCUACGACAAAAGAAAGAGCGGUGCGCUUGAGCUAGAGGGCCUGAUCCGGGCCUCGCUGGCCGCUGGCGAUCACGACCGUAUCGCUAAGAUAGUCAACCAGCUCUGUCAUGACUAUGCCUACCAGGUGCACCAGCCGCACGCCAGGAACGGGGGGCUGAUAGGACUUGCUGCUGCCUCUAUCGCUCUUGGAUCUGAAGUUGCCCGCUAUCUCGACGAAAUCGUCCCUCCCGUGCUUGCCUGUUUCUCUGACCAGGAUGCUCGCGUUCGAUACUACGCGUGCGAGAGCAUGUACAACAUUGCAAAAGUGGCCAAGGGCGAGAUUUUGAUAUAUUUCAAUGAGGUCUUCGACGCUUUAAGUAAGCUUGCAGCCGACUCGGAACUGUCCGUCAAGAACGGAGCAGAGCUUCUAGAUCGUUUGAUCAAAGACAUUGUGUCCGAAUCCGCGGCGACUUACGUGUCUGUCCUGCACACGCACGAUGGGAAGGAGACAGAAGCCACCAAAGAAGGUGCCGCAUAUGCCGAACCCCCGACCGCCUUCUCUCUAGGUCGCUUUAUUCCCCUGCUUAAAGAGCGCAUCACUGUCAUGAAUCCCUAUACGCGCAUGUUUCUCGUAUCUUGGAUCACUCUGCUAGAUUCGAUACCCGACCUAGAGCUCGUCACCUACCUGCCCGAUUUCCUUGGUGGUUUAUUUCGAUUUUUAAGCGAUAGCAAUCAAGACGUGCAUACUGCAACGCAAGUAGCUCUCGACCGGUUCCUCUCUGAGAUCAAGAAGAUCGCAAGACUGAAACGGGGUCUCGCUGAGAGCAGAAGAAGCCAGGUGGGCGAGGGCGUCAAGCGUACAGAGUCCACUAGCCGGAGCGAUAUUAGUCGAAGAAGCUCCAGGAGCGUCGAGAGUGGUGGUUUGAGCGGUGAAGCGAAGAAACGAGAUAGCCUCGACGUGGAUGGAAGUGGGGAUGAGGACGCUGUUUCCAGCACUGCCGGAGACGACACGACCUCAGCCGAUAUCGAGGAAGACUGGAUCCCUGGCCAGGACGUCUUCGUCGAUCACUCGAGGAUAUUAGAUAUUCUCGUCAUGUUCCUCGGUGGUUCAUCUGAACAAGAGAUAAAAAUCACAGCGCUUAAAUGGAUCGACCACUUCUUCGAGAUCGCUCCGGAGGAGAUCCUUUCUUUCAUCCCUAGAUUGCUCUCACAAAUGUUACCGGCCCUUUCCAAUGACGAAGAGCAGGUGCGAGCUGCGGCGAUCAGAGUAAACAAUUCUCUUAUGGAAUACAUACUCUCGCUACCAGAUGAAGAUUCUAAGCCAGAGAGCACAUCAACAGUACAGCAACAACCACCCCGAGAUGCCGUAUCUAGUGAAAGGCGGGAAUCUGCUACCCCUUCACAUAUCCCACGACCAUCUAUUGAUGGUUCGGCACUUUCAAGGUCACCAACAGGCGGUGGCAUCCCUGCCACUCAGGAGCCACGCGCGGUCACUCCCCGAGAGGCCUGGACAUUGGACUAUGAACUGACCAUCAACGCCCUGACCCUGCAGUUUCUAAACGAGAACGAAGCUACUCGUGUUGCCGCUCUCAACUGGUUAAUCAUGCUGCACCGCAAAUCCCCACCAGCACGCAAGCUCGACAUUAACGAAGGAACCUUCCCUGCUCUGCUAAAAACCCUCUCGGACGCCUCGGAUGCCGUCGUCAGGCAGGACCUAAUCCUCUUGUGUCAGAUGUUUCGCAACACCGACGAGGCUAAGUUCAGUUCCUUCAUGGUCCACCUUAUUAAGCUCUUCGCCACGGAUCGCCGCCUCCUCGAGACAAGAGGUAACCUGAUCAUCCGCCAGCUGUGCCUGAGCCUCAGUGCCGAGCGCAUCUACCGCACGCUGGCCGAUUGCCUGGAGCGUGAUGAGGAUGUCGAGUUCGCCAGCAUUAUGGUGCAGAACCUGAAUAACAAUCUAAUUACCGCCCCGGAACUGGCUGAUCUGAGGAAACGUUUACGGAACCUCGACAACAAGGACGGGCAAAUGUUCUUCGUGACACUGUUUAGGUCGUGGUGUCACAAUGCCGUAGCCACGUUUUCACUCUGUCUCUUAGCACAAGCAUAUGAGCAGGCAUACAACCUGCUCCAGAUCUUUGCCGAUCUUGAGAUGACGGUAAACAUGUUGAUUCAGAUCGACAAGCUUGUACAAUUGCUUGAAUCCCCCGUUUUCACAUACCUCCGAUUACAGUUGCUCGAGCCCGAGCGUUACCCUUAUCUUUACAAAUGCCUUUACGGUUUGCUCAUGCUGCUCCCUCAAUCUUCUGCCUUUGCAGCUCUCAAGAAUCGCCUGAAUUCUGUCUCAGCUAUCGGUUACCUCCAAAUAGCCAAUUUCUCCGGCGCCACGGGAGCCGGGCCAUCACGAGCGCCAACCGGAUCUGCAUCAACAAGCAGCGUAGUUAGCAAUUUCGAACGGUCGACUCGUCUCAAAGCGCGUGAAGACAGCAGUGUACGCUGGGGUGAGCUGCUUGACAAAUUCAAGGCAGCGCAGGAACGUGCUCGCAAGCAGAACAAAGUGGCUCUCGUAGGUGAAGAUAUAGGGAGCCCGCCCCCCGUGCCUGAUAAAGACCAAGGUAUUUCGGUGACGGACCAGGCCCGCGUCGUGCCCUCUAGGGUCGUGCCCAGGUCCGGAACACCAACGAAUGCGACACCUGCUGCACAGGUAUCAGUUGCAUCAAAGGGGCCGACAAAGAGCAAAGUGGGGCUUGGACUGGGGAGGUUUGGGGGCGGUAAUAAGAAGGAUAGGAAGAAAUAGCCGUCAUGAAGACCUCAACUCGUUGUUUGUCAAGCCACAAGUAGGGCCUCUCUUGGUGAAUCCGAAGCGAAAGAAAGUCCUCGGGAUGAUCAUUGUCCUAAUUCACGCUAGUGAGGAUUCAGUGACGUCCCAAAACGCACUGGAAGGCCACCGUCAUCACAGAGGAAAGACUGUUACGUGAUUUCCCUCUGCUGCACGCAGUUGAAAGUCUUGAAUUGUCUGGGAAGACAUACCGUUAAGAGCACAGCGGAUCGUUUGGUAGAACUGAGAACGAGUUCGCUGUCAGACAUUGCCAAAGUUGUUUCCGUCAUGGCAUGAUUAGACCAAAAUAUGCUACAUGGUUUAUCAUGCUCUUGGAAGUUAAACCAAAUUUUAGUAGUAGCCGCAUCGACUGGAACGAACAUUGAAUCACACUGAGGGUUGCUGGCAGAACAUGCAAAGUGAUGAGACGAUAAGGCUGUAGCUACAGAGCACAGGAGUGAACACUGCGAGAGCUGAAAAGUGGGCAUGGAAAAUGGCUUGCACGCUGGAGCAGGUGCAUACAAACAUGAGAACGAUUGUUCUUUUCUAAAUAGGUAGUUUGACAGGUUUGACGGAAGUCCAUUGUCUUUGGCAAACAUGGAACCGCAUCUCACUGUUCGUUGGACAUGCUCUCUUUCUGUCCUCUGC